AUGAAGGCGGUGCUCGUGGUGAGCUGUUUGCUAUUCCUUCUUCAGGUGUCCCAGUCUCGGAACUUAGAAGACAAAGACGCGGACCUAGAGGUAGCUGCGUCGAAUCACCACGAGAAAGGCGGCGGCAAAGAACAUCAUCAUCAUCACCACCACGAGCACGGUGGCAAGGGGCACAAGGGAUACAAAGGUCACCACCACCACGAGCACGGCAAGAAAGGACAUCACCAUCACGAAGGACACAAGGGACAUCAUGGUGAACAUGGCGGUCACAAAAAACAUCACCACCACGACGAUGGGCACUACCAUAAACACCACCACAGCGAGAAAGGAGAAAAGGGCCACGGAUUUGAAGAAAAGGGACAUUUUCACAAAGGACAUUCAACUAAAGGACAUCAUGGGGUGCACAAGUUAGAUGAGUUCCUGAAGAACAAGAAAUUCCACGAUAAGUUCGGAGAGUCUGGUUUCCAUGAAGGAUAUGGUGGUCAUCACGAUGAGCACGGCCACAAGAAGGGUGGACACUUUAAAAAGGGACACGAUCAUGGUGGCCAUCAUGAACACCAUCAUGGAAAGAAAGGUUUCCAUGAAAAGGGAGGACAUCAUCAUGACCACAAAGGGCAUCAUGAUGAAGGCAGCCAUCAUGAGCAUCAUAGUCAUCAUGAGGGCCACGGAAAGAAAGGCGGACACGAAGACCAUAAACAUUGGGGAUUUAAGGGCCAUUAA